AUGAAAUUGUCAACAUCAAGUUAUGUGCAUGAGACAACUACUGCUCCAACAUCAAGCUUGAAGGUGACUAAGCCCAAAAGGACUCAAAUUAGUACAAAAAUUAAUGUGUUAAAAAAGGAACUUAAAAGCAUGAAUAUAGCAAAUGAGAAAUAUUCAAAAAGACUUAAGAAGGCAAUGAAUCUAUCAGAAAAUACUACUUUCUUGAAAGCAAUUAAAAGUUUUACCUCAAUAGCAACAAUUUUUACCGUGCUCCAAUUCCGAGAAUGUGGUAAACACAAAAUGGGCAGACGAUUCACACCAGAUGAAAAAGUAAUGGCAUUACAUUUUUUUUAA